AUGGCUCCUCCCACCAUUCUCAACAAACUCGUCCGCAACGAUGCCAUGAAAGUCGACCCGCCGGAGAUUUACAACUGGCGUGUCCUGCUGCUCGCCUGCGCAUCAUGUUUCGGCGGAACGCUUUUCGGGAUGGACAUCGGUAUCAUCGGCGGAGUCAUCACUCUGCCUUCCUUCAAGAAUGCCUUCGGAUAUGAAGGCGAAGGAGCGGCUCUUGCGAAUGCGAAUCUCAGCGCAGAUAUCGUGAGCGUGAUGCAGUGUGGUGCUUUCCUCGGCGCGUUGCUGGCGAAUCCACUGGCGGAUAAAUGGGGACGGAAGCCAGGGUUGCUGGGAGCUGCGACGUUUGCGGGCCUUGGUGGCAUGAUGCAGGCUGCUGCUUCGGGGAACAUUGGAUGUUUGUAUGCGGGACGGUUUGUUGAAGGUUUGGCUUUGGGAGGUGCGACGAUGUUGACGCCGACGUAUAUUUCCGAAAACGCACCGCGGGCGACCAGAGGGAUGUUGGUCGGACUGUACCAGCUCUUCGAGACGAUGGGGGCUAUGCUGGCUUUUUGGAUCAAUUAUGGAAGUCAACUGCACAUCUCCGGUGAUGCUGAAUGGCAAAUCCCUCUUGCGAUGCAGUGCUUACCCCCGACACUGCUCUUCCUCGGCAUGCUUCUCUGCAAUGAGUCGCCCAGGUGGCUUGCGAGGACAGAUCGCUGGGAAAGAUCGCUCAAAACUCUAUCACAUGUUCGCAAUCUCCCAGGAGACCAUCCAUAUAUCGUAGCGGAGAUGCUGGAGAUGCAACGUCAACUUGAAGAAGAACUUGCCAGCGUCAACGGCGGAUCUGGCUUCUGGCCCAUCGUCAAGGAGAUAUGGACCGUUCCUUCGAACCGAAAACGGGCGAUCCUCUCGAUCGUGCUCAUGGUAUGCCAGCAGAUGACUGGUACGAACGCCAUCAACUACUAUGCGCCGACCAUCUUCACCAACCUGGGCAUCACCGGUAACUCCAACUCGCUCUUCGCCACCGGUAUAUAUGGCAUCGUCAAGAUGGUGUCCUGCGGGCUGUUCCUCAUCUUUCUGGCUGAUACACUGGGGCGGCGCUGGUCUCUCAUCUGGACUGGAACAGCAAUGGCCGUCGCAAUGCUCUACCUCGGCUUCUACGUCCGGUUCGAUCCUCCUGUGGCUAACGAACCGGUGAGCGCUGCCGGCUACGUCGCAUUGGUCAUGGUAUACCUAUUCGCUGCUUUCUUCCAGUUCGGAUGGGGACCCGUAUGUUGGAUCUAUGUAUCAGAAAUCCCGACUUCCCGCCUUCGUGGGUUAAAUGUGAGCUUGGCUGCUGCGACGCAAUGGCUCUUCAAUCUUGUCGUAGCAAGAGCAACACCGGUUAUGCUGGUGACUGUCGGCAAUCAUGGAUACGGGACGUACUUCAUCUUCGGCAGUUUUUGCGCGUGCAUGGUGGUCAUCGCUUGGUUCUUCGUACCGGAGACGAAAGGUAUUUCGCUUGAGAGGAUGGAUGAAUUGUUCGGUGGCGUGGACUUUGGUGAUAUUGACGAUGUGGGUGAGGCCGCUCAGAAGACGGAAAAGCUCGGAGAGGAGGCUGUGUGUGUCGAGGAGGCUGGAGAAGUCGGCUGA